AUGACUGUCGCCUCACCAAUCAACCUCCUUCUCGUAUCCGUCUUCGGUGUACUGGUGUACUGGCACUUCCGUCCCAAGGCCCCAGUCACCCUUCCCCGCAUGCCGCCCCCAACCGUCUUCAAGACCUACACCCCCAAGACCCUGAUCGAGUUCAACGGCGAGGGCGACCGCCCGGUCUACCUGGCCGUCCGCGGUCGCGUCUUCGACGUUACCCCCGGCAAGAACUUCUACGGACCGGGUGGACCUUAUGAGAACUUCGCUGGUCGGGAUGCCUCGCGCGGCUUGGCUAACCAGAGCUUCGACGAGGAGAUGCUGACCAAGGAUUUGUCGGGACCCUUGGACGAGCUUAAGGAUUUGAGCAAGGAUGAAUUGGAGAACCUGGAGUCGUGGGAAGACCGCUUCAUGGAGAAGUACCUGGUCGUUGGAAAGUUGGUCGCAGAGGGCUCUCCCGAGGCUCCCGAUUCAUAG